AAGUAUUUGUACAUUGUUAGCACAUUGACGCAACCAGUUCUCAAUGGAUCUCGAGACUUCGGAAGCGCCUGAUAGUGCGAGAACGACCAUUCCCACAGAAAACAUUCAUCAAAUCGAAAAUGAAGGGCAAGCGCCGUUAGAGAAGAUCAACACACCUGAACUCUCUACAACAGACGCAACCGCCCAAGAUACCCAUAUGCAGAAUAGCACAAUGGAGACACCACCGAGCCCACCUCUGACGCAUGCCUUAGAAGCGCUGUUAGGUGGACUGGAUCCGCCAGCAGAUGCACACACGAGUCCAGUCGAACGACCUGUGAUGGAAGAGCAACCUCAACCUGCAGCUCCAAUUACAGUUGACCAACCAGAGAUCGAGAAACCUUCCGACCAAGCCAAGAUACCAGGACUUGUCUCUUUGGAUGGAAACGCAGACCAGACACAGCCCAAGCCUACCUCCGAAGAAGAGCCAGUCCCAGAUGUUGAUACCAAACCAAUACCCCCUCAAGAGGAAUCCAAACCUGACGAAGCCACUUCGAACGAUGCAAUUAUGGAAGAUGUGCAAAAUGUGAUCACUCUUUUGGGCGGCGAGCCUAUACCAGCUGAAUCUGCGGAGGUUGCAAGUGCGAGCGAGGCGAUAUCUGCUCCAGCAGUUGAGAAUAGCAGCGCACCAGCAGAUGCACCAAUUGAAGAUGGUGAAGAACAUCCGGAAUGGGAAAUCGACUCAUCGCCAAUCGAGUCUUCUACAGACGACUCUUCUAGCGACGACAGCUCAUCAGACGAGAGUGACGAAGGCGACAAUUCAUACAAACUACUCAGCCCCGAAGAGCAAGCCAGAAUUUUGAUGGCCGGCGAUGGGGGAUCAGACGAUGAAGGAGAAAAGCCAAAAGGGUCCGGAGGUCAAUUACGAACCAAGAAUGAAGUCCUGGAGGAGGUCAUACCCAAACCCGAUGUCACCGUCACCCCGGACAUGAAGAUUACGGAGUUGGGUAGUGUCGAAACGAUUGUAGACAAUAUUCUGCUCAUCAAAGCCAAAACUUCGGGGGAAUACAAGGUACUGGAAACCGGCUCUGUACUGUGUCUUGAAGAUAGAAGCGUCAUUGGAGUCAUUGCAGAAACACUUGGACGAGUUCAGCAGCCGUUAUAUUCUGUCUUGUUUACGAAUGCUGGAGAACUUACAGGAGCAGGUUUAGCUUUAGGAACGAAAAUUUUCUAUUCGGAGCAGCAUUCUACAUAUGUCUUUACUCAAAAUUUGAAAGCUUACAAAGGAUCAGACGCGUCAAAUCUACACGAUGAAGAAGUCGGGGAUGAGGAAAUGGAGUUCUCCGAUGAUGAAGCGGAAGCAGAGCACAAGAGACGUGUCAAGCAGAAGAGGCUCGAGAAACGAGGUGGAAAGAUGCAACAGAAUGGGGGCUCGGGACGAGGAGGUCAUCCAUUGCAACAGGAACAUACUCCAUAUGACGCCAGCAACGGAAUAAGCUAUGAUGACGCUGAAGAUGAUGGUCCUUACAAGCCUCUUGCAAGGCCGGCUGGCUAUGCUGAUUCUGUUGGACGAAGCGAAGCUCCACAGGAAGGUGGUUACUCCGGCGAAAAAUCCAAUUUCAAUCAACAUAGAGAUCAAUUCCGAGGGCGGGGAAGGGGUGACCGGGGCAGAGGUCGAGGAGAUCGUGGACGUGGCAGGGGCGGCUACCAGAAUCAGCGGGGUGGAGGGAAUGGAUACUCUCUUCCGCCUCAAUCACAACAUUAUCAAGCACCGUCUCCUGGCCCAGGGGCGUUUUCACCACCAUUCCAACCUCAAGGAACCGGUUUGACUCCAGCAUCACCUCCAGGUGUGUCACCGCCAAACUUCUUUAACAUGCCCUCCGCCCAACAGUACUCGCCUCAUCAACCACAACUGCCUGCAUGGCCACAGUUUCCUCCAAUGCCACCUUUCCAACAACAAGCGUUCCCGCAACCCUUUCAAGGCGGACAGAGCUGGCCAAAUAUGCCUGGGGCUGCACCGCUAAAUGGUACUUUCAUCAACCCGGCCUUCUUCAACAACAAUCAAACUCCUCCAUCAGGCCAGUGGAAUAAUCAAGGUCAAGGGCGAGGGCGUGGGAGAUGAAAUGGUGGCUCCUAAUGAUAAUGGAUAGUGUAGAAUUACUGGAUACCCAUAAAUGUUGAUAUUGAAAUUGACGGCGACUCCGUUAUCUUGCUACAAAUGCAGAAAUCGAGUUGGCCAAAUGUUUUGGCGAGGAAAAGAAGCCCCUUUUCUUUGCUCGUCAAGUUUUGGUCACGUGUGCGCUUCCUACUUCACGCCAUUUGGUGUAAAAUCUCACCCACUCGGUACAAGACAUCGCUUCACGACAAAAGAUCUGCGCAGAUUAGAAACGGC